AUGCUAAAACGAUUUAAAAAAUAUAAUAAUCCAAUGGAUGAAAUAGAACUAAGAGUGCUUGGUAAUCGUUCUAAUAGAAUUACGCGUGAUGCCUACAAUAAUUAUAACGAAAACCUGGAAAAGCAAAUUCAGAAGAAUCCGAAAGCAUUUUGGACGUUCCUAAAGAGUAAACGCAAUAAUUCUAACUCGUAUCCAGCUGCUAUGAAUAACGGAGUUAAAACUUCUACUAGCGAAGUUGAAAUAUGCAAUAUGUUCUCUAGUUAUUUUGCUUCGGUAUAUGAUGACUGA